CGGGGGCGCGGGAGCCGUUAGAGAGUGCGGUGUCGGCGAGCUGUCCGGGUCGCCUCCGGAGGUGGUAGCGUUCCACGUGAAGGCAGCGCCAGGAGACUGGAGAACAGGUGGCUUCUGGAGUUUAGUGUCAAAAACGGCCCAGCGUGCGGCCGGAGCCGCCGUUCAGACCCAGACUGCGCUCCUGAUUAAAAGCUGCUCUUCCUUCCCAAGAAGUCGUCCUGCAGCUUGAUGAUGCUUGCAGAAUGCGCUUGACAGACAAGGCCAUGUGUCUGUCCAGCGGUUACGCGAUCCGGUCUUGUGCAAGGCUUCGCUGGACAGUGCAGCGUGCCCCGCGCCUUCUAGACACCGCGCGGCCUCCAGGACGGUGCCAGCCUGGAGGGUCCCGGCCCGAGCCCACGACUCCAGGCAGGCUCAGGAGGAGUGAGAGCCUGUCAGAAAAACAGGUGAAAGAAGCCAAAUCCAAAUGCAAGAGUAUCGCUCUGCUGCUCACGGACGCCCCCAACCCCAGCUCCAAAGGGGUGCUGAUGUUUAAGAAGCGCCGGCGCAGGGCCCGAAAGUACACCUUGGUCAGCUACGGCACUGGGGAGCUCGAGAGGGAGGCAGGCGAGGAGGAGGAGGAGGAGGAGGAGGAGGAGGGCUUGAGGGAGCACACGGGCGAGCUCGCGUUCCUCCACACCAGUGAGUCAGAGGCGGACGAGGACCUGCUGUCUGACACUGACCACAGCGGGCAGGCUGUGAGCUUCGACUGGGACUCUGGACUGGUGGGCAUUGAGAGGAAGCUGGAGAGAGGGGAUAAAAUGGAGAUGUUGCCAGACACCACGGGCAAGGGAGCCCUUAUGUUUGCCAAGAGAAGGGAGAGAAUGGAUCAGAUCACAGCCCAGAAAGAAGAGGAGAGAGCCGGCGAGCUGGCCGGGAGAGAAGCCGAGGCUACCCUCGCGGACGGCCUAAGAACCAUGGCCUCCUACCACAGCACAGAGGGGCAGUCUGUGAGGGUUCAGAGCUCAGUGAGCAGGAGCUACAUCCAGCUGGGCCCGAGUCCCGGCCACGCGCCCCAGCAGAACGGCCUCAGUGGGGGCUCUGUGGCAGCAGAGGCCCAGAGGAUGAUCCCCAUGAACAGAACCGCCAAGCCCUUCCCCGGGUCUGCGAACCCACCAGCAGCCCCCUUCUCCCCCACCCGGAGCAUGACAAGUCCCAUCUCUGACUUCCCGGCACCUCCACCUUACUCUGCGGUCACUCCUCCACUGGACGCUUUCUCCAGAGGGGUGUCAAGUCCCGUGGCUGGCCCAGCACAGCCCCCUCCCUGGCCUCAGCCUGCCCCGUGGACCCAGCCGGGCUUCUACGAUUCUUCUGAGCGCAUAGCUUCCCGGGAUGAGAGGAUCGCAGUGCCGGCCAAGAGAACGGGAAUCCUGCAGGAAGCCAAGAGGAGAAGCACCACGAAGCCCAUGUUCACCUUCAAGGAGCCCAAAGUAAACCCGAACCCCGAACUCUUGUCCCUGCUUCAGAGUGCAGAGGGCAAACGGGGCACUGGAGCCGGCGGCGACUCGGGGCCCGAGGAGGACUACCUCAGCCUGGGAGCAGAGGCCUGCAAUUUCAUGCAGAGCCCCUCUGCCAAACAGAAGACCCCCCCUCCUGUGGCCCCCAAGCCUGGGGUGAAGUCUGCCUCCCAGCCAGUCACUCCAGUGUCUCCAGUGUGGGCUCCAGGGGCGGCUCCCACACUCCCUCCUGCCUUCCCCACGUCCAGCCCCCCGCAGGGCACCGUCGUCUCCUCCAUCAAGGUAGCCCAGCCCUCCUAUGCUCCUGCCCGGCCCACGAGUGCGCUGAACCUGGCCGGUCCCUUUAAAGGACCCCCGGCAGCAGUGGCCAGUCAGAACUACACCCCGAAGCCAGCAGCACCCGCUCCCCGGGGCGGUGCUGCUCCUUCUGCUGCGGCAGGACCCUCCACCGAGCUGCCUGGAAUGAGUGGGAAGGGGGCCCAGCUCUUCGCCAAAAGGCAGUCGAGAAUGGAGAAGUACGUGGUGGAUUCCGACACCGUGCAGGCUCACGCCACCCGGGCACAGUCGCCCACGCCGUCCCUCCCAGCCAGCUGGAAGUACUCCUCCAAUGUCCGCGCACCGCCUCCGGUGGCCUACAAUCCCAUCCACUCCCCCUCCUACCCGCCGGCUGCUCUCAAGUCUCAGCCGUCGGCCCCACAGGCUUCCAGAGUGGGCAAGAAGAAGGGCAAGAAGCCCCUCAAUGCUCUGGACGUCAUGAAGCACCAGCCGUAUCAGCUCAACGCAUCCUUGUUCACCUUCCAGCCUCCAGGUGCCAAGGAUGGCCUCCCCCAGAAGCCGCCCAUCAAAGCCAGCCCAGCCCCGGCUGUGAACCAAGCUCCACCUCCCGGGUCGGUCACCAUGGGCUCUCCCAGAGCCGCGCAGGCUCCCUCCGUGUGCUCCCUGCCAGCCUACGGCUCCCAGCCCUGCCACUUUGCAGAGCCCACCUCGCCAGCCAGCGCGUCCCCAGUGCCUGUGGGCGUCCCCGCCCCUCCCAGGCAGGAGUCGGGCUCCUCGUCUUAUUUUGUGGCACCCAGGCCCAAGUUCUCUGCCAAGAAAAGCGGAGUUGCUGUGCAGGCCCGUGGGCGCGCCCUUUCUCUCCCUGGAAGACCGGCCCCACCUGCCCUGUCCACAGCACCUCCUUGGCCACAGCAGUCUGCCUUCAGUUACCCUUGCAAGCCACCCAACGGGCUGCAGAGAGCAGGCAGGAGACCGACACCUUGGGAGGCCGCGGCCCAGUCCCCUCUGGGGCUAGUAGAUGAGGCCUUCAGGCCCAGGAACAUCCAGGAGUCCGUGGUGGCCCACGUGGUCUCAGCAGCCUGGAGGAAGGUGCUUCCUGGGUCCCCAGAGGGCUGGAGAGAGAGGCUGCCACACACCCAGCCGGCUCACCUGGUGGCGUCUGGGAGACAGGAGCCCCCGGUUGCCGCCCUCGCCGGUAGCAGCAUGUCCACCAGCUCCUGGUCUGGCCCUCAGUCGCCAUAUGCAUGUCGUGGGCAGGCAUCCGGGGACGACUUUGAGAUACAGUCCCUGGAGACCAGGUCUGACUACUGCCUACCAGCAGCCGGCUGCAACUACCACCCGCAGCCGCGGGCGUGGAGACGGCAGUGGAAGUAGAGGACCCACAGCGGCAGCCAUCACCCUGUGGCAGGCACGUGGGUGCCUCUGCUGUCCCGCAGGGUGGGCUGUCUCCCAACCCCGUUGGAUCUUGUGGCCUUUCCUGAGCCGGUGCCUGACUGGGUACUCACAGUGUGUCUCACUCACUGCCGGCACAUGGAGAAUGUCGUGGAAGAAAAAGCAGAUUCUGCACUGAUGUUCUGGGACUCACAUGUCACUCAAAAUCUUAAUUCUGUUGACAAGGGGCACAAUGCACACCACCUGCCCAGAGAAGGGGCAAUCAGGACUGUCCUCCAAGUGCCUUCGUCCAGGAAGACACUGGCCACACGUGUGCUGAUCACUAGCUGCAGCAGAAGAGGCACUUGGGGGACCUUACCAAAAGAUGCAAAUGAGCAACGAUGGCACACCAGAGGAUCUCCUUGGUACCCCAGAUAUUUCCCUAGUCUUUCUCUGAAACAUUUUUAAGUUUAACAAAACUCACACUUUUUAAAAGACCGACACACAAGAGUUCACAGAGCACAUAAGAACAAGACUUUGCACGUUUCAGGUGGGCUUUUGGAGUGAAGGGUGUAACGGAUGGAAAACAGAAGGGCUUGGAGGUAGACUGGUCCUCACCUGUUUGAACCUGGCAACCGGACACAGGAAUGGACCCCCGGUUCAGUGGUCCUCAAGGGUCAGAUGGGAAGGCUGUGGUCUGCUCUGGGGACCCCCUGGCUCUCAUGCCGGAGAGUCUCGCCCGCAGAGCACCUGUGGUGCGUGGCUGGGCUCAGCAGCAGGAAGGGCAGGAAGGCGAUCCUGGUCACUGAGGUGUCCUCUGGGUCCCAGCAGGAAUCUCCAGGGUGGGUUUGUGUCACGUGUGAGGUGGAAGGAGGGCUGAGGUGCAGAAGGAAACCGUGAGUGGGCACCAGGAUGUGCAGAGGAACGUGCUGAUGUGCAGCAGAGGGGACAGCUACUGGGUGACAGAGAAUGGGCUACAGAAGGCCCAGAGCGGUGCUUCUCUGGGAAUGGCCACUGGACGUUCAGAGGAGGUGAGAGAGCUGAGGCUCGAGCCUCGUUAGCACACAGGGUGUGGACCCCGUGCUUCUCCUCAUGGCCAUGACCACCAGGUGUCCCCCUGGUGAGGUCCAGCCCUCUAUGGCCUGAGCAAGUGUCCAGUCACUGAAAGUUUGAAACUUUGAGGGUUCACCUCUGUGGCGAGCUUGCUUGUGGUACUUUCAACUCCCGAGCCCUCUGCCUGCUGGCUUCUUGUCACGUGAAGGUAUGUUCCACAGACAGGAGCUGAUUAAAAGUGCCAGGGCACACAUGAUCCCCCCCUGGAAGGCGGAAGAGAAGUUGAGGAGUCAGCAGGUUCCAUCAGGGGUGAGAGUAGCCAGAGGCUGCUCCGUCCAGUUAGGCAGAACAAAAAAGAUGCAAACUUUUCAAAGUUUUAUUGUUAAAUUAUCUUAAGUUGAUAAAGAGCUAAUUCUCUCAAAGUAUAAGACAUAAUUAUUGGCUCCAAAGAGUUUUUACAGAAUCCUAAAAAGCCAUGCCUGGUGUGUGUGUUAGUAUGUUGGCAAAUCCUCUAGACACUCACGUCAUGCUCACGUGGUUUGAAAUUUGUUAUGGUGGAGGGAUCUCCUGGCAUAGCCGGCCUUAGGAGGUGAGGGACUUAGACCUCACUUGCUAGGGCCGGUUCUGUUUGUCUGCUUCUUCCAGAAGUGCUCAGGUUGUGUCCACUAGGUGCACACGUGAUGCUCAUGGCUAGACUCACUGCAGGGUGAGGGAGGCACAGGCCACACAGACCUGGCUGAGGUGCACCUCUUCCUGCCUGUGUCACGUCACCUGGCAGACAGAGGCAGGAGUCACGCAGGUCUCUCUGACGUCCGUGGUUUGUCCACAGUCGGAGCUUCGAGAGGUCGCACCUUCCAGUGCUCUGAGGCCACUCUGCGGGAGCACUGUCUCGGUCUCACAGAAGCUCCGGGGACUGAGGCAGGACUGAGGCCACGCCUGCCCCACCGAGGUCCCAUUCUCCCGGCACAGAUUAGGUCACUGUUUCUCACAAAACUGGAAUGAGCUGGCUCCGAACAAGGGCCCCCCAAGGAGAAAACCACAGCCCAGGCACAGACCACGGUGGGCUCCCUGCAUGAGCGAUCACGGGGAGAGGCGUGUUCUGUGCACCUGCACGCCUUCUUGGGACAUCGCGACGUCAUUCCAGGUCCACUCGUCCAGCACUGGCUGGACACUGUGUCUGAGUGUGAGUCCCCGUGUGUGCGCAGCAUCUGGCACGAUGGUCUAGAUUCGCCUACAUCUCAGAGUUGGUACCUGCGUGGCUGGCCUCCUGCCGCCCACCUCAGAUGGGUCUGGUGCUCGGCCACAUCCCAUGCGAGGGAAGAGUCGCCAUGUCAGGACUGACGGGCUCUCAGCCUGAGCUUCAGACAGAUGCGCAUCACAUGGGCUUAGUUAUGAUGAGCAGAAUCGUAGGGACGUUUCUUUUUUAAGAAAAAGUAGAUUUCCACACUAGAUUUCUAUUCAAAGUAGAAGUAAUGACACUAUUCACACUUUUCUAUUAAAAAUUAAAGAUGUGUUGUUCUGCUAGUAAGAUUGUUCACCCCAAAAGGCUGUAUUUAAAAGAUGCACACUGAAAAUCAAAGUCAGCAAUAAACACAACUUGAAAAUGAA